AAAUUCCAAUUUUUCCUUGGGUUUAGAUGUUCAGAGAAUUUGCUUGGUCGUUAUGGCAGUUAUUGUCAGGAAAUCUUUCAGCUCCAUGUCUAGUCUGAUUUUCAAGCAUUCACAUGCUCAAAAUUCUUGCGCCUUUUCCCUUUCAGGCUUUGGCGCCCGCUACAACUCGUCUUUAUCCUCAACUGGUAAGGUCCAAGUCAGCCCCUUUAACUCCGAGGAUGGAGCUGGGAUUGAUAACCAAGAGUUUCUGAAAUGGCAUAAUGGGGGUGGGAUCUUUCACAAGUUGGCCAGAGUUGAUCCAACGGCAUUCAUUGAGAUUGGUGCGAUAGUUCAUUCAAAAUGUGUUCUUAGUGCUGAUGUUCAUAUUGGAUCAGGAACUGUUAUCGGACCCGCUGUUACCAUUGGUCGAUCUACAAAGAUUGCGUAUAAUGCUGCACUAAGCAACUGCAGCAUUGGCGAUUCAUGUGUAAUCCACAGUGGAGUUUGUAUUGGUCAAGAUGGAUUUGGGUUUUUUGUUGAUGAUCAUGGCAAUGUGGUGAAGAAACCUCAGAUGCUGAAUACUAUGAUAGGGAGAUACGUUGAGAUUGGUGCUAAUACAUGCAUUGACAGAGGCAGUUGGAGAGAUACGGUAAUUGGAGAUCAUACAAAGAUAGAUAAUUUGGUUCAGAUUGGUCAUAACGUAAUUAUUGGCAAGAGUUGCAUGCUAUGUGGCCAAGUAGGGAUAGCUGGUUCAGUGACGAUAGGUGACUAUGUCACACUAGGAGGAAGGGUAGCAGUUCGUGACCAUGUCUCUAUUGCAUCAAAGGUUCGACUUGCUGCUAAUAGUUGUGUCACUAAGGACAUCAGAGACCCUGGAGACUAUGGUGGCUUCCCUGCUGUACCAAUUUACAAAUGGAGAAGACAAGUUGCCAUCCAAUGUCGGAUUUCAAGCAAGGGGAGAAGUUAAAAGUUGGAAGGUCAAAUCAAUAUUAAGGAAUGGAGAAAUCCAGGAUAGUGAAGGUGGGACUUUUAGCAAGCAAGGCUAGGAAAAUACAGAGUGCUAGAAAGAUCAAGAGGCCAGCAACUUGGAGAAACCAUAAUGCACAGCUUCUUUCUUCUUCCGACAUUGUUUAUUGAUUCUGCUGUUUUAAGGGAGAGAACAAGAGGAGGUUCAUGGCCUCCAAUCUUUUUAAAGAACUUUGGUUCCUUUUGGAAGGCAAUGAGAAUCAUGGUUUGAGUGAGAACAAAGGUUAAAGAAGUACUGAGAUUUUGGUUUGGCAUUUAAGCAGGGAAUAUUAUUUUUGACUAGCUCAUGUUACCAUCGCGUUUUGGGAACGGCUUCGAUUCUUUUAACGGCAUAAUUUAAUAAACUGCUGUCAAAAUU